AUGAAGAGAACCCGCCUUUCUUCCGCAUUGCAGAAUACGACGACACGAGGCAGAAAGUGCUGGUCGACUGCGACGCUGGUUUUAGCUGCCCUGAGUUUCUUGGCGUGCGACGCAACGCCGGCCACCAUCCGCAAUAGUAAGUCCCGAGGUGGACUAGCACUGUACUCGAUCAGACCCACAAGUUACGAUGAUAACCGAGGGACUAAUGCAGGCAGUCACAACCACCUGCAACGUCGCUCAAUUCACGGAUCCCCGUCGACCAAACCCUCGUCGGGCAUCUCAGCGCUGGCCUUCAGACCCAACUCCUUCCGUGGUCAAUCCCCUUUUCCGACCUUCAAUGGAAGAGAUUCCAGCGACUUCCUCGGGCCGGGAUCUCUGGGACAAGCCAUUCCAGCUGGAGCGAGAAAACACUUCAUCCCACCUUCUGCAGAGUUCCUCAACCCCGGCCCCAGCAGCACCAAUAACAAGUCCACUAGCCGUCCCAUCAACUACAACAACCUGAGGAGCAGCCGAUCCUUGUUCUUCUCAAACGUGGACCACGAAGGAACCCUGCUUCGGUAUCAGGACGAACGAACCAGACAAGGACUUCCUGCCCUAAGACUCGGCAGCAUCCGGCCGGGAUUUGCAUUUUUCCGCCACGAUUAUUGAGCUGUGUGAAAGACCCCAGCAUGAGACUAAACGGAGAAGUGUGGUUUACUUCCCUUUUUGAGAAGCUUACAAUCAAACAGUGCUCAGCACUAUCCCGAAAUAUGCUGCUCAGGGGAUGUUUUCUUAAUUUUGAGCGAGCACUUGUCUGGGAUGUGUAGGUUCUUCUUCCUGAUGGGUGGUAAUUAUUUGGAAGUACAGUACAGUAGUUGGUUGAACGGCGCAGUAUUCCUCGCGAUAUCGCAGAUGCAUCAUGUGUGUGACAAUUCAAUUUAAUGCGGAGAAUGUCAUUUCUCAUCCUCAUUCCUCCCGAUUGUGCAUUCAGGCGGGUUUUACUACAUGAGUUCGUUCCGGAAGGCCUCAUCCGAGUGAAGGAACAUUGAGGACUUAUCUAUAUCUUUCUUGCAGGUCAAAUCCGCUUUUUUUUUUAGAGCAAGAGAGUUUUCUGUUCGUUUUUGGAAUGUUUCCGUUUAAUGAUGAUGAUGCCGAGGAAGGGAUAUUCGUUGCUUCUGUGCUGGCCAAGGAUGAUCUUAAGGUGGGCGUUGUUUUAUGGCUAAUGGCAGUUGGUGAAAUGGGAUUGUGCGCUUUCAUGCCAGACAAUCAAUAAAAACCCAGUGGAAGGUUUGCUUUGCAAUGAA